AUGCGCUUCACCCAGCUCGCGCUCCUUUCACUCGCCGCCGCCGCGUCCGUCGCGGCGCAGAGCGCCAGCAGCAGCUCGAGCAGCACGGCCAACAGCACCGCCACCUCCACCUCGAGCGGCAACAGCAGCAGCAGCACCACCGCCACGUCGUCCUCGUCGACCGUCUUCACGCUCGUCCCGACAGACUUCACCUUCAGCAGCAUCGCGACAACUACAACAGGCAGCACAUCCAACAGCAGCAGCACGACGAGCAGCAGCGUCACGCCCAUCACGCUCUCGACGAACCCGAUCGUCACCACGCGGCCAACGUCUGCGCCGAGCGACGGCGCCGCACGCCGCGCCGGAGCAGCGGGCGCGGCCGGACUCGGCGUGGCCGUGCUGCUGGGCCUUGGCCUGCUGUGA